AUGGCCAACGGAACGGACAAGGAACUCAUAGAGGAGGACUUAAUAGCCUCCUACGAAAUUACCCCUAAGGAAAUAUAUAAAAUGAGCACGAAACAUAGACCCUUGUACUUAGUAGUGACCGACCCUGCAAUUACCCUUGAUUACCUUAACAGAAAUGUUAGAGUAAUUGAAAACACGAGGGUGACCUGGGAAAUGAGAAGAUCAACGAAGAGCAUCAUUCAAUGCCACAGAUGCCAAGCAUGGGGACAUGCCACCUCAAAUUGCGGCCGGCCGCCGAAGUGCCUUAAGUGCGCCGGUGACCACCUAACAAACACGUGCGUAAAAACCCGGGACACCGUGCGUUAA